CAAAAAUUCUCUCAAAAUUUCCUCAACCAAGAAGAAAGCUUGCAAACUUAUUUUUCUGCUGCACCACCACAGGAGAGUCUACUUAAACGGAGCAACAAUGCUCGUUCCCAUGGUCAAUCUGGGCACCCAACUCCUGUCCUGAUGCUAAAACACAGUACUUCGUGUAGUGAAGUUGUCAAUAAUAACAAUUUUAAUGGCCUAUCUUCGCACACUCAUUCUGAAAAACCGCAUGUUUCCCUGCAUAGAUCUUUGUUUCGAUCAACUAUGGGUGGUGCAUACGUAAGUACCACAAACAAUCGACUCCAUUAUGUAAUGCGCCAAAAUCCAUCGGUAUAUGUUUCUCAUUGUAAAUCAAACAAAAUGCAAGAAGGGGCUUACAAUUCAGAGCGAGAGAAGAUUAAGUGCUUUGAUCCCCAAUACGCCCAGCGAACUUAUGAUUCUAAUGGCGUAAGUCCUGGCUCUCGCAGUGAUUGCAACGAAUCUGGUAUCGUUAGUGAUUAUCAAUCCAGUAGUCACACCUCUCCUAACGGUUAUCCUUCUCGUCGUACAUAUUUAUCGACUCCACCUGAAUCAUCGCACUCGAGCUCCGACACUGAUACUGCUGGUAGCAGUGGUCAUAUUAGAGUAAAUCGAGUUGGAAAUCAGCUUUUAACUAAUACGGUGAAUGUAAAUUCUUCUGGAAUAUUAAAUGGAUCUGAUCGCAUUGAUCUUUGUGGGAAACUCAACAGUGGUUAUCAGACAACCAAAUACCAUCUAGUGCAUCACUCUGGUUCUCAGCAAUAUAAUCACUCCUUCCUCAGAAACGAUUCUCCAAAUCGACAUUCAGAUUCACAAAAUUCCACAACUGUAAAUACCCCGCGCGGAACUAGCAAUGGGUCCAAUUCCAACCACAGUUCGUCAUAUUCUCCAUCUUCUCCAUCAAGACACGGACCGGUGUUUCAAAGCCCUGCAAGUUGCCUUGCCAUUAUGGCUUAG